AUGCAUAUCCUAUCUCUGCUGUCACUCGCAGUUCUCGCGAGCAUCAGCGCAGCUAAAACCCCAGGCUGUGGAAAAGACAUACCUUCCAAGUUCCCCAAAGCAGGAUCAAGCCGAAGUCUCAUCCUCCCAAACUUAAACCGACAAUACAGACUAUAUAUCCCUGCGAACUAUGACAAAAACAAGCCAACGCCGCUAUAUUUCUCCUUCCACGGGGCGUCGCGCGACAUGCUAGAGCAAGAAGGCCUAUCCCAAUUUUCGAACCCGGAAUUCAACCCGAACGGAAUUGUUGUCUACCCAGACAGCAAGAAUGGAUACUGGCUGUCCAACCCACGUGCAAAGACCUCACGUCCCAACGAUCUAGACUUCACCUACGAUCUGCUCACGCACAUGGAAGACACCCUCUGCAUUGACACAAGCAGAGUAUACUCGGCGGGCAAGUCCAAUGGCGGUGGUUUCACGAGCGUUAUUGCCUGCAACGCCACGGUUGGAAGCCGGUUUGCGGCUUUUGCGUCUGUCAGCGGCGCCUAUUAUAAUACAGACAAUAUCGAGGGCGUGGGGCCCUGUGCGCCCGCUAAGCGGGAAGGGGGAUACCCUUUCUUGGAGUUUCAUGGUACGCUGGAUAAGACAGCACCUAUCGAUGGUGACACAAAAGGUACUAAGAAGCUGCCUGUCAUUGAUAUUCUGCAGGGCUGGGCUGCUCGGAAUGGAUGUGGGGACAAGGCGACGUGGACUAGUAACGAGACUGUCUUUGAAAAUCCGCUUGUGAAGCAUGCUUUUUGGGACUGUAAUGGGAAGAAAGGUAUUGUUCAACAUUAUCGCGAGAGUGAAAAUGGUCAUUGCUGGCCAAGUACUGUUAGCAAUGAUGACUUUGUUCGAUUGCACCAACAGUGCCCGUUGAGCAAGUAUGUUUUCAAUGCGACUGAAUACAUAUUUGACUUCUUUGGACAGGAUCACUCGAGCAAGUCCGACAAACCAAUUACUGGCAAACCAGAUCCCGACACACCAAAUACCAGUGAUGGUCAUGACGAAAACCAAAGCCCAAAGCUUUUACAUCCCAUGCCUAUCCACGCUUUGUAUCUUAUAUUAUCAGCGGUUCUUGUCAAUUCUAUGCAUAUUUAA